AGCUAAAGGGCAGAUAAAAGAGAGUGAAAGAAGAACAACAGUGCAUAUUCACGGAAACACAGCACGGAGUCACUUCCGCCCGCACGAAAGAUGGCGGCUCCCUUGAUGGAGAAAUUGUCGGACUAUUUGGGUUCUCCAGAACCUGCGGUUCGGCUCAUUUUGUCAAUUUUAAUAGGGUAUCCCUUUGCCAUGAUAUACCGGCGUUAUUUUUUCUACCAGCCCCCCCACAUUGUUCACCUGCUGCACACUUUUUCUGGACUAGCUCUGGCUGCUUUCAACUUUGGCUCUCAGCUUUAUCACUCCGCAGUCUGUAUUGUUGUCCAGUUCCUGUUGCUGAGGCUCAUGGGAAGGACGGUGACAGCCGUUAUGAGCAGCUUUCUGUUUCAGAUGGUGUACCUGCUGUUUGGAUAUUACUACACUGCUACAGAUCAGUAUGACAUCAAGUGGACCAUGCCCCAUUGCGUACUCGCACUCAAGCUUAUCGGUUUGUCAUUUGAUUUCUAUGAUGGUGGGAAGGAACCAUCCCAGCUCAGUGCCGAGCAACAGAGAGGAGCACUGUCUACUGUGCCCUCUCUCCUGGAGGUUCUUGGCUUUUCCUACUUUUACGGUGGUUUCCUCGUAGGGCCACAGUUUACACUCCGUAGGUACCUGAUGCUGGCCUCUGGGGAACUCACAGACUGUCCUGGACAGCCACCCAACAGUGUUCUUCCUGCCAUGAAGCGGUUCUCCUUGGGCCUCGUCUGCCUGACGAUCUUCACCAUAGGGAAUCCCAUCUUCCCCGACAGCUACUUUCUUACUGACGAAUAUGAGGCCCAGCCGUUCUGGUAUCGCUGCGUGUACAUCCUGCUGUGGGGGAAAAUCAGCCUGUACAAAUACGUCAGCUGCUGGGUCAUCGCUGAAGGGGUGUGUAUCCUCUGUGGGCUGGGCUACAACGGGAAAGACCAGGACGGGGAGGACCAAUGGGAUGCCUGUGCGAAUGUGCUGGUGUGGAAGUAUGAGACCACGCCCCUGUUUGCGGGAACAAUCUCUUCCUUCAACAUCAACACCAAUGCCUGGGCAGCCAGACAUGUGUUCAAGCGGCUGAAGUUCCUGGGCAACAAGAUGGCGUCCCAGGUGGUAACUCUGCUGUUCCUGGCCGUUUGGCACGGCCUGCACUCCGGGUACAUCCUCUGUUUCUCAAUGGAGUUCCUCAUCAUGGCCGUAGAGCGGAAGGCCUUGGCCUUGGUGAAGGAUAGUCCACUGCUGACCCGACUUUCGGUCAGCCCGCUGUAUCCUCUCAUCUACUGCGUUCAGCAGUUCAUUCACUGGCUCUUCAUGGGAUACCCUCUGGUACCCUUCUGCCUCUUCGCGUUUGACAAGUGGCUCAAGGUGUAUUCAUCCGUCUAUUUCUGUGGUCACAUCUUUUUCUUCGCCUCCUACGCUCUCGUUAUAUACCUCCGCAAGGUCCUGGUGCCGAGGAAAGAAAGGGCUGAGAAAAAAGAGGAGUAGAAAUAUGGAUCUCAGGUUGGGUGGUCAGCCAGAAUCCAGUUGAAGGGAACUGUGACUUGACAGACAGGCAGAUCAGAGCAUUUUUGUAUUGCCUUUAGUAAUAUAUAUAUAUGUGUGAGAGUGCGCAUGUGUGUAUAUGAGUGAGAGAAUGUACAUAUUUGUUUAUAUAUAUAUUUGAGUUUUUUGGUGGGUGCUGACGAGAGGGGUCGGUAAAAGUAAGAGGCAGACGUAGUGCCACAUUAAAAAUUGAAGGCCAUUUCAACCGAUGGAGUCAUUAAAAAGAGCGCUGUGCUUAAUAAUAAUUCUAUAAUAACUUCAUUAUUAUUUCAUUAUUAUUGACACUUGAAGAACAGUGACUGAAACAAUGGUGUGUGUGUGUGUGUGUAUGGAAACACAGACAAAAAUGGCUGUCUGGGCAUUCUGAUGUGCUGUUGGUUUGUAUUUUUCCUCCUGUUGAAGUAUUCCUAUUCCUCGCCCCAGCCAUUGAAAUGCUGCACAGUCAGGCUGAUGGCACAAAGUGUACUUGACACACUCACAUUCAUGGCCAUUUUUGUCAGGAAUUACCAUUUUUGUAUGGACCUUUUUACACAAACAUUGGCCAAGACACUGUACUUUUGUUCAAUUGCCUUGUUUAUUGAUGAAUGUUGCGCUGGUUUUUUAGCAAAUUCCGUUUUCCUUUGUUGUCAUUGUGUUAUUUUGUUACAGUUGUUCAUUUGCUGAUAUUUUGGGAGUUUAUGUACGGUAUUUUGUAGCUUUGAAAGGAAGCUCCACAAAGGGUGAUUCUGUCUGUCAAUUUCUCCAUCCAUUGUUGUGACUUCAAUUUUAAAUCCUCAAUUCUCCUCUUCUAGUAUUUUCUACUUCUGCUUUAUGACUCUUUUAUUACGUCUGAACAAGAACACGAAGCAAAAAUCCUUCAACCAAAACCACAGCUUUUCUAUUGAAUGAAGUUAUGAUAAUGAUUAUACCAUCAAUAAAAACUCCAUUGAGGAAGUCAGCUCGUUAUAGUGGCUGAACGGGAGCUGCGGCUCACUAACGAUAAUAUUUUUUAAUAAUAUUUAUACGUGUGGUGGUAAUUGAUGUGUAUUAAUUGUUAUUAUUCAGACUACUUUGCCUUAUUGCUACCAAAUGUAUAAAGAAAAUAAUUUUAAAUAAACUUUUUGUAAUGUUAAUUCAAA